AUGCGCCGAGACUGGUGGAAAUUCUAUCGAGUCGCGUUCUUCGUUCGGUUCUCCGCGUGGCGCGCGCUGACGCUCGCGUUCGCGGUGGUUUCCUUGUGUAGUGAACAGUGGCUGGAGCCGAAGCGGCCCGCGCGCGCGCUGCCGGGAAUCUCUCGAGCCGGGCUCUGGCGCGUGUGCUAUCACUUCUCGAACAUCGAUGCGCGUCGACUCGAUCGAUCGAGCAUCACUCGUUGGUGGCGCGAGAUGGAGACGUCGUUUCGGGGACUCGGGCGCGAUUCUCGUCAGUGCUCGACGGAGAUCGGCGAGUUUUACGGCGACGUCUUCGGUGGUAAUCACAUGAGUCUCGUAGAGCUGACGCGCGCCUGCGCGGUGGGAUUCAUCUUUUACGGCGCGAUGGAAUUGGUUUGUGAGGUUUUUUACUUCAUUCGACGGCGUCGGGCGAAGGCGGGAUUCGCGUCGACGUCGGCGGCGGUGUACGGCGGCUUUGCGGAAAUCGCGUGCAUCAUCGCGUGCGUCUCGUACGCCGUUCUCGUCGCUCGCGUGCGCGCCGACAUGCCGAGCUAUAUCGCGAAGGAUGCGUUCGUCGACUAUCUCGGGUGGGGGUACUGGAUGUGGCUGACGUGCGCGUGCGCGCACAGCUUGUCGUGGACGUUCGUCAUCGUCGAUUGGGAUUCAGCGAGCAAGGCACGAGCGGCGCGGCGUUCCCACCGCGCCUUCCGCGCGCAAGAAGAAGAGGCGCUCGCGGCGAGCGUGCCUUAA